CUGAUGCCCGGGUGGGUGUUGUGAUCAGGGUGGACCGUUAUUGUCACAUUGCGUGGAGGCAAUAACGACCGUCAGAGCAUUUUGCAGCUUAAAGAAAGAAGCGCAAAAACACCAACACAUCCAGCCAAAAUGGGGAAGGUGGAAGGAGGAAUGAAAUGCGUGAAAUACCUUUUGUUCGUGUUUAACUUCAUAUUCUGGCUGAUGGGAUCUUUUGUUCUGGCGGUGGGACUGUGGCUGCGCUUUGACCCAGAAACUGUAUCUCUGCUCAAUGGGGAUGAGGCUCCAGACACCUUCUUCAUUGGUGUGUACAUCCUCAUAGGCGCUGGCAGUCUGGUGAUGUUGGUUGGAUUCUUCGGCUGCUGUGGAGCUGUACGGGAAUCUCAGUGCCUGUUGGGUUCUUUCUUUGCCUGUUUGCUGAUCAUUUUCGGUGCAGAGGUGGCAGCCGGAGUCUUUGGAUUCUUAAACAAAGACAAGAUUGUUAAAGAUGUGCAGACUUUCUACACGACGAGCUACGAUAAGAAUAAUAACGGCACGUUGAUCGUCUCAUACAAGAAAGUGCUGAACUGUUGUGGAACCAAAGCCAACCCCUGCCCUGAUCAGGAACCAGAUACCAAGGACUGUGAGUCAGGCAUCAAAGACUUCUUCAACAGUAAACUCUACAUCAUCGGGUAUGUGGGCAUCGGCAUCGCUGGAGUUAUGAUAAUCGGGAUGAUCUUCAGUAUGGUGCUCUGCUGUGCCAUCCGCAACAGCAGGGAGGUCAUCUAAUCCCAGCCCUUGACCUCUACACCUCACCUCUUCCCCUGGCUCGAAAGACUGUACAGCUUUUAGAUCAAAACAUCACCCAGUGUCCAACCAAAUACGGCCCAGGAAAAAGACAAAAAAAAAUUUUCACACAUGGUGCUCAACCCAUAUAAGCCUGAUAUUCCUGUGUAUUAUUUUCCUUUGCUGUCCCAAAACAAGCGCUACCUUUAGUGGCAUUCUAGACGGACUUAGCUGUUCACAUAUCCAGUGGGAACAAAGCUUGUCUUUCCAAAUCUGCAAUCUGUCAAAAUAAUGUUUCUCCUCAUGGCCAUGUGGACAACACCAAAAAAAUGUAACCCACAUUCUGUCGCUGUGGUGUCAGUGCUUUUUCACACAGCCUUGACACUGACCCCCGGGCUGUGGGAAACCUUAGCCAGCAGGAGCAAUCUGAGGUGAAAGCAGCUGAGUUUGCUUAUCUGUGCAAGAAAUGAACACACACAAACAUGCAUGCACAGACACACACAAGCGCAGCGAUGUUAUGAUACCUGAGAGCCAGCCUUUAAAAAACUUGUCUGGCAUCUCGUAGGGAAUUUGGUGGAAACGGAGCAGGGUGUUGAGACAGGGAAUGGUCAGUUAAUGGUCAGAGUAUGUAUUCAUCAUGUUAUCCAAGCAGUACACACACUCCGUUCCUGGCUUUAACAGUGAUUCUCUAUGUGUUCUACUUAUCACAGGUUGUUCCCAUUACAUUUAACCAUUUGGAACGCAAUACUGGUUCCUGUAUGGUUGUAGGUACUAAUUGGUUGCCAUGCAAAAUACGCUGCAAAAGAGUUACAUCCUUAUAUUUUCGGUAACGUGGUUCAGUGACAUAAAUACUAUAUUCUACCCCUUAUGUGAUCUAGAACUCAUGUUAUGUAAGAGAGGAUCGCGAAGUCUCUGUUGACUGUAUGUCAUGAGGAUCCAGAUCACGUCCACAUAUGUCCAGGCUAUACAUAUACAGGCCAGUCAUUUGAGAAUAAGGAAGGACGGGGGCUGGGACAUUCAGUUAUCCAAACCAGGUCUGUUGAUGUCUACUCCCCUACUUCCAUGUUUUUUUCCCUGUGCCUUAAGAGUACACACUCAAGGUAAAAAAA